AUGGAUGUUCAUUCUGUUAUUCAUUCAUUGCGUCGGACAGGCCCUCUUCGCGCUACUCGUGAACGGAGAGACGUAGCAUGUUAUGUAGUGGUGGCGGAAAUUGAGCCCGCACUUGUGGUUAUGGUGCUAGCGGUCGCGAUUGCGAUUGUGAUUGAAUUGCAAGAUUAUAUUGUGUUUCAGAUGGUAAAGUUAUAUUAUAAUUCAGGAUCUUCUUCAAUAUCCAAACCAAAAUAUCGACAACAUGACAGUUACGGAACAAUAGUGCAUACCUUAGUGUUUGAAGUACUCGGAGAUGCGUUGGCGAGCGAUGAGGCGCAGCGUGUUAUGGUAGUGGUGGCGGUAAUUGAGGCUGCAUUUGUGGCGGUCGCGAUUGCAAUUGAGCUGAUAGUUGUG